CGCCCUUUCCAACGUAGCCUGCACAGCUUCCUGCCCCCCAGCAUUCGUGGCUGCACCAUGAUGCUGACUGCCCACCUCUCCUACUUUCUGGCCCUGUGGACAGCAGGCCAAGCCCUCAGUGGCUCCCUCCUCACCAAGGAUGCAGGUCCCCGCCCACUGGAGCUGACAGAAGUCUUCAAGCUGUUCCAGAUCAAGUACAACCGGAGCUACUCAAACGCGGCAGAGUAUGCUCGCCGUCUGGACAUCUUUGCACACAACCUGGCCCAGGCUCAACGGCUGCAGGAGGAAGACUUGGGCACGGCGGAGUUUGGGGAGACUCCAUUCAGUGACCUCACAGAGGAGGAGUUUGGCCAGCUAUAUGGGCAUCAGAGGGUACCUGAAAGGAUCCCCAACAUAGUCAAAAAGGCAGGAUCUGAAAAGUGGGGGGAACCCAUGCCCUCUACCUGUGACUGGCGUAAGGCAGCAAGCAUCAUCUCAUCGAUCAAGGACCAGAAAAACUGCAAUUGCUGCUGGGCCAUAGCAGCAGCGGAUAACAUCGAGGCCCUGUGGCGCAUCAAACACCGCCAGUCUGUGGAAGUCUCUGUGCAGGGUAUGGCGGGGAGAAGAUGUGUGACAGGGAAAGAUGGAGGGUCUAGGGCCAGCUCACCUUUGUUGUCCCUUUCUGCCCCAGAGCUGCUGGACUGUGACCGCUGUGGAAAUGGCUGCCACGGUGGCUUUGUGUGGGAUGCAUAUAUGACUGUCCUCAACAACAGUGGCCUGGCCAGCGAAAAGGAUUACCCAUUCCUGGGGCACCACAACCCCAACGGGUGCCUAGCCAAGAAGUACAAGAAGGUGGCCUGGAUCCAAGAUUUCAUCAUGCUGUCCAGUAACGAGCAGGUAAUUGCAGGCUACCUGGCUACCCACGGCCCUAUCACUGUGACCAUCAACAAGAAGCUGCUACAGGGCUACCGGAAGGGUGUGAUCAAGGCCACACACACUACCUGUGACCCCCAGCAUGUGGACCACUCAGUCCUGCUGGUGGGCUUUGGCAAGGGCAAGGAGAAGAAAGGCAUACGGUCAGGGACGCUCUUGUCCCAGGCUCGCAAGCCUCGCCGCUCUGUGCCAUACUGGAUCCUGAAGAACUCCUGGGGAGCCGAAUGGGGCGAGAAGGGCUACUUCAGGCUGUACCGGGGAAACAACAGCUGUGGCAUCGCCAAGUACCCGUUCACAGCUCGUGUAGACCAUCCAGGGAAGAAGCAACCAAUCUCUUGCCCACCUUGAGGCCAGCAGCCACCCCUCAGCCUCUCCCACAGGGCCACUACCCUCCUUGUCAGCCCUACCCUAAGUUCUUCCUGGCUUCCUCAUCUUCUCUCUAAGGCUUCAUAAACCAAGACAUGAUCCCUG